AGUGGGAAGGAAAAACUCCCUUUUAACAGGAAGACACCUGUUCCCCUUUCCUUCUCCUCAGGGUUUUUUCCGCCGGACCAUCCAGAAGAACCUCCAUCCGUCCUACUCCUGUAAAUAUGAAGGUUGCUGCAUCAUCGACAAGAUCACGCGCAACCAGUGCCAGCUGUGCCGCUUUAAGAAAUGCAUCUCUGUGGGCAUGGCCAUGGACUUGGUGUUGGAUGACUCAAAGCGCGUGGCCAAGCGCCGUCUGAUCGAGGAGAAUCGCGAGAAGAGGAAGAAAGAGGAAAUGAUGCGGAUGCUACAGACGAGGCCAGAGCCAGACACAGCAGAGUGGGAGCUGAUCAGGAUGGUGACCGAAGCCCACCGGCACACCAACGCCCAGGGCUCCAGCUGGAAACAGAAGCGCAAAUUCCUGCCCGAUGAUAUUGGCCAGGGUCCUAUGGUGCCCACUUCAGACGGAGAUAAGGUGGAUCUGGAAGUCUUCAGCGAGUUCACCAAGAUAAUGACCCCUGCCAUCACUCGCGUCGUCGACUUUGCCAAGAAACUGCCCAUGUUUUCAGAGCUGCCUUGUGAGGACCAGAUCAUCCUGCUGAAAGGCUGCUGCAUGGAGAUCAUGUCACUGCGUGCUGCUGUUCGCUACGAUCCCGACAGCGAGACUCUUACUCUAAACGGCGAGAUGGCUGUGAAACGCGAGCAGCUGAAGAACGGCGGGCUGGGCGUGGUGUCGGACGCCAUCUUUGAUCUGGGCAAGAGUCUAGCACAAUUUAAUCUGGAUGACUCGGAGGUGGCGCUGAUGCAGGCGGUGCUGCUCAUGAGCUCAGACCGUUCAGGGCUGACCAGCGUGGAGAAGAUUGAGCAGUGCCAAGAGGCUUACCUUCUGGCGUUCGAGCACUAUAUAAACUACCGCAAGCACAACAUUCCCCAUUUUUGGCCCAAGCUGCUGAUGAAGGUGACAGACCUGCGCAUGAUCGGGGCUUGCCACGCCAGCCGUUUCCUUCACAUGAAGGUCGAGUGUCCCAAUGAACUGUUUCCCCCGCUCUUCCUGGAGGUGUUCGAAGACCAGGAAGUGUAACUGUACAUCACCCUCAGAAAGAACACUUUUGUGGUGGCUUUGAGAGGAAGUUUGGCUGAAGGACAAGCGAGGACGAAAAACUGGAUUUUUUUUUUCUCUUCAUGGAGAACAUGCUCUGUAAAUUUCUUUUGUUGCCCCUUUGUGUGUGUUUUUUUGUUUUGUUUUUUUGAUUUGUCAAGCAACUACAACAUCCACCACCAGCAAGCACACAUCAAUAUUAUCAGAGGAAUGCAAUCAGUCUCACUAGGCACACACACAAAGUACAAGCAGUGUAAAUACUUACAUAGCUAUUCAUACACCAUAAAAAGUGUAUUUAUAUGCAAACAAUUGCAUUGCCUCUUUUUGCACCCCCAUGGAUACACAGCUGUACUGCUCCUGACUAAUGCAAACUGAGGGGCUUGGUUAUGUUUCUACUAGCUGCACAGCCACCUAUCACCUCAGAUAAGUGCUUUUUUUGUUUUGUUUUGUUUUGUUUUAAUCUCUGGGACCUAAUCAUUAGCUUCUCUUUCAAUCCCUACACCUCCCUCACAUCUCCUUAACUGCAAAGUCAUUCUCUGUCCGCAGCCUAGCCCUCAACCUGCCAAGGCCCCGUGAGUCUUUGUUGACCUACCUCCCUCACGUACUGACCUCUCUCUCUCUCGUGUAUACACAGGCACAUGGUGUACAUGCACAAAAGACACCCCUACAAUAUUACCUCAAACAAUAUUACCUUUCUGAUUAGAAAACACAGACUCGUGUAAUAUUUAGUCAAACCAUAUGCAAGCUACAGUGAGAAAACUUUGUGUGAAGCCCUUAUUUAUAUACAGAUAUGUCUUAUAACUGCAGACACGAGAUGGUAUCGCUCGGUUUCCUGAGCAGAGACUAAACCCAGUCUAAAAAAACACUAAAAACUUUGUUUUCAGUUGAAAUCUUCAUUGAAUUUUCCUUCAAGUGUGGAACUGGGCUUAAUCCAUGCCUGGGACACUGAACCCAUAGGUAUUAAUUACUGUAGUGCAUCAGAGGUUACAAGAUGUCAUGAACAUCACGGUGCUUUCUGUGAUCACUAAGUGUUUUGCUUUAGUGGAUUUGAUAUCCAUCUUUGUGCAGUAAAUUCUCCUUGUUUACUGACAUGGUUUGAUAUUCUUGGAAACAGGUUUACUUUCUUUCUUGCUGUGACUUAAAUAUAAAGUUUGAUACCAUUCUUAUGCUGUAUUUGAAGCUAACGCUAGCGACUGCUUAGCUUAGCAUAAUAGCUAUGUUAAGCUAUGCUAAGCUAUGCUAGCAUAGCAUCGUCACUGCCAGGGGAUGAAGGCUGUCCCAAUUCGAGGGCUGCUCCAAAUGCGGCCCACAAAUGCGUCCUCCUUUUCCCCAGAUUUGAAGGAUUUGUCGGGUGUAUCCUUUGUUGCCCAGCCUAUCCCAGGAUUCAUAGCACGGCGGUGGCUGUGGAUAAUUUUUUUUUUUUAUGUUUAGCUUAGUUGUUGUUGUUUGCUGGAAUGUUUAAAGUCAGAUGUUUUAUUAUUUCCUGUUUUGUGCUAAGUUAGUGUUUUUAUUGGCUGUAGUUUAUUUUUUAAAGGACAGAUUUGGAAAUUGUGUUAUUUUUACCAAAGUAAGAAAGCAAAAAAAGAAAUCCUGUUUCCCAGAAUAUCAGUCACUAUUACUUUAUUGCUUCUUCAGGAGUUAUAGGAUGUUGUUUUUAUCAUUUCCAUGUCAACAGUAGCAGCAAGGAGUUAUAAGGAGAUUUAUUCUAAAACGUAUUUUUCAUUCAUGAUCUACCAAAAUAAAAAAUAAAAAUAAUACUUUUUUUUUCUUGUUCAUUGGAUUCAGUGGAUUUGGAUCAUCUUUACCUCCAUUAUACCCGAACUGGCAAUUAGCUGCUGAAAGGCUAAUGGCCAGCUCCAGCCCCGUUCCUCAGAAAGCACUGAUUUAGUCAUGGCAUCUUAAGCAUCCAGGAAGAGAAAAGCUGAUUGCGACGUUGUUUUUAUACUAAAUAUAGCAUACACAGGACGUCUGCUUAUAUUUAUACACAGCUGGAAUACCUCUCCAACACAUACCUCCUGUUGUCUUUACCUCACAUACUCAUAUGCGUAUUAAACACCCAUUUAGUUAUUAUCACAUGUAUUACCUCAGUUGUUUUGUGAUCAGCACUUCCUCCUCCUGAGUUGUGCACACUUCCUGUGUCUUUGGGUCAGUGUUUGAGAAUCCCAUUGGAUCCCCCUGCUCUAUGGUCCGCGCCCUCAGCUUUCCACUGAUUUGUGUUAGGUUCAGCACUAGCACAUGGUGGUGGUUGUGGAAACCUCUUCAGGCUUCUCCCCAUCGCCUGUAUCCAUUUCAAGUCCCGCCUGAAACUGGCAGAUUCUACCUCACCUCUCAGGAGCUCCCCCUCUACCUGCAGCGCAUACACAUAAACAUGCACAGAGAUAUAAAAAUACAGAUAUAUGUACUCACCGUGCACAAAGGACUUGCAAGCAUGGACCCACUGAGUGUCUUUUACAUGGGCCAGAGAUCAACAGCUGAAAUUCAGUUCCCCCCCCCCCCCCUUUUUUUUUUUCAGACUUUAUCACAAAAAAAUUGGGAUCAAGAGUCAUUUUUAAUUUUUAUUCAAGAACCUAAAGUGACAACACUGCACACAUGAAUCUGUGAAUCUGGAUCUGUGUGCCAAUUGAACUUGGAGGACGCUGUCAGGACACGGUGACAGCUGGAAACUGGCACCACAGUUGAUUUUUAGCCCUGUUGGAUCAGCCCAAGAGACUCUUCUGGGUGGUGACUGGAAGGUAAAUAAACAGCAACUGAGUCAGCAGAAUCCGCCUCUGAGGAUAUGACUUUUCGUCCUGGCCGAAAUGAGGGAAACGGCGAGUGUGUGUGACCGUUGCAGUGUGACGCAGUUCAGGCCACCAGCAAACAUACGCAGACACGGACCGGGCGAUGCGUCCCUGAAUUCUUCCCUCGCCAUCGAAGCACAAACGGAAAACACUGGCCCAGAAAUUCAAAUCAUGAAUUUAACAUUGCUGAGACCAUCUCCACCAACCAUAUCCCGCGCUGCCAUCCUCUACAAAUGAUUAUCAGGUUUUUUUUCUGUUGCACUAAAUCCAUGCCUGUAUUCUUCAGCAGCCCUGAACUCCUUUCCUCUAUGACCUCUCCUAAACCUUUCCCUUUCCUGCUAGUCUGUAGCAUUCCCAAUAUCCUCCCUGAUGAUCUUAUAUAAUCAACAAGGACUGACGCGGCGCUGCCACUCUCAGUGUUACCAAUCUAUGUUGCAGGGUAUUUAAAUAGAACGUGCUUAUACAGGGAUACAGUUGCGCGCACACACACACACGGCAAUAGGAUGAUUGAGCUGUCCAAGGUCAGAGCGGCCGUCUCCAGACCUGCUGUGUUUGUACUGCACUCACUAUCACUGUGAAUGAAAGCCACGCUGCAACCGGGCUAAGGCUCAGACAGGGUACUGCUGGCUUUCUAAUUCACACAUGUAAAUGUGCCUCACAGAGGUGGUACAAAUAUACACAAUAUAGGAGCAAAUAUUUAUACACAAACACAACACAGUUAUUGUAUGUGGCAUUCGAGCUAUCAGUGGGUGAGUUUAUGCUGCCAGUUCCAAUCAGAUCGUGAAUCUGACCGCUCAUAUAGCACAAGAAUCAAUGUCUGUACAGUUGUUUUUAAUACGUUGGACUUGGGGUUAGACUUUGGACCUGAUGUGCGUUUUCUUAUAUUCUGUCACUGUGUUUAAACAGAGAAGUUUCAAAUAAUGAGUUGAGUGUAUGUACAAGUAAUCCUGCGAGUCAGAAGUCGCUCAUCCCAGAAAAACAGCAAGUUGUUUAUCGGGAGGGAAGGAGAGCGUAGAAUCGCUUGUUUCAGGCAGUGGAUGAACUAAAGUGUUACACCGAGCAAAGGACGUUUUUUAAACCAGCUAAAGUAAUAAAGAAACAGAGCUUUAAAUAAGCAUAACAGGGUAAUGUAAUUGACAUAUGAUUUGCAGUAAAUACAUUCAAAGGUUACCAUAUUAGUUGGCCAUCGGUAACAUCUGCUAAUCACCAACGUUCAGCUUCAAAGUGAUGCACUUCCUGUGUGGAUGCAUACAUAUAAUUUUUAUAGAUGCCUUGUGGAGAUCAUCAACUCAUGGCUGACUUGCUUUUUGCAAACCUCUUGGUGAAUCCCCCCCAAGUCUGAGACUGAGGUCAACUUCGUGAUUUAGAUUGGAGCUGGCAGCAUGGCCUCUCUGUCUCUCUCUUUCUCUCACCCUCUCUCUCCUUCUCAGCCAAAUGAUCACUGGGGAAAUCCUCUUCCUGUCCUUUAAAAAGAGAAAAAAAACACAGCACACCAGCACCACAGAGCACACUGCCUUCAGCCGUGAUCAGCUGCACCAGCAUAGUGGAGAGACAGCAACCAUCCUUCCCACCUUCCACAGUCAUCAUCACAUAGCAGACAUGUCCAGGUAGCUCUUUAAGUCUGAUCUCAGCGGUUGGGUUUUUAAACUCUAAUGAGAAGUAGCUGCACAGGACCGUACCUUAGCCAUGCAUGUUUUCUGCAUGACAGCUCUGUUACUAAUAGCAUGGAGUGCUUCAGUGACCAGACAAAGAAACCAAAAAAUCAUUUUACAUUAAGAAAUCAGAAUAAAAGAACUGAUUUGUUCUGUCUGCUUGGACAUGGCUCAAGUAGUUGGUGCACUUAUGCAGGCGAGGCAGAAUGGAAAAUUCCUUCACCUGUGUGAGCCAUAGAGUCAAAAACACGUGUUCUUGUAGCAGUGUAGCAUUGUUGGACAUCAUUGAGGCCACUCAGAGGUAGGCUACCUCCGUCCGCUUCAUGUCCCGACAUCCCAGUCAAGCUGUAGAAUAACAGUCUCCAUGUUUUCCACACCAUCACUACAGUUUGCUUUCUCUGUCUGCCUCUGAGAUCAAAGGAAGGGUUAUAUUACGUUUACAAUAAACUCAAAUGUGAACUUGAUGCUAAGCUCUGCAGCUACAGCCUGGCACAAAGCUAACAAAUACUACUGUUUUUAUUACUUACCCAGGGAAAACAUCCGUAAGCUCUCAUCCUUGCAUCCACCUUUCCACAUCCUUCCAACUCCAACCCCCCCCGGGUGUUUCCUCCAUAUGCCUCUCCUUCCUUUCCCACACCCUCUCCCAGAAACCUGCUACGGCUCAUGCUAGCACUCUCUGGUGGAGAAAGACGACAAUCCCUGCAGGAAUAUGUCCACACGUGGAAUGUAAAAUACUGAAAUUGUAUAAUUAAAGACACGAUGUGAAGUCCCACACUCAUGUUGCUUUCGAUGUUGCUUUUGUUGUGCACCAAGUGUUCGUCGUUCUGCUUUUUCUUGGGCCGUUGAGCUUUGGAGGUGGACAUGAACCACGUCCUGUGACAGACUGCUACUGAUGAGUCGUUUUAAGAAAAAACUAGUAUGUUUAUGAAAGAACUGUGUGAUGACUGAAAAUGUUUGAGUGAUUUAAAGGAAGGGAUGAAGUGAAUGUUUUGGGUAUAGAGGAACUUUUUAAUUUUUGGUUUUUUUAAUGAUACUUUUGUCUUUAUUUGCAUCUGAUUUUUCUUGGUAAGUGAAUGUCUAUCUGUGUUGAUGCUUUACUGUGAGAAUAUGGCUGUAUAUGCACUUUCAGACCAUCAUUGGUGCAGUGGUAGCUAGUGCUCAGACAUCACCCAUGGGUCAGGGUUCAGCUCAUCUUCAGUUUAGCCAACUGAAAAAGAAGCCAUAUUAAUAAAUAUGAUUGAAACUUCUUGGAACAGGCGAUUGCAUUUGGCACCAUAGUUGGCUGUAUCUAGCAGCUGUACUGCUUGCACUGUAAUUCACAUUGCUGUAUAAGAAUGAAUGAAUUGCAUUAUUCAAAAAUAUACGUUUAGUGUGAUAAGCUAGUCAGUGUUUUGGAUUCAUACUUUUUUUUUUUAAGGUUUUAAAUCUUACGUUUUUCUUACUUCUGACCUUUUUUUAUUUUGUCACUACUGCAACCUCUCAUACGCUAAAACGUAAUACACCACUGUCCCAGUCACACAGGCUUAGAGACCAGUUAGUGACUGCCUGGCAAUCACAAGUUGUUCGGGAAAAAUGUAUUUUCUCUGAACAGUUGCUGAAGUUUGCUGGCAGUUGCUGUGAAGUCAGUUCCUAAACGCUCAGUUAGGCUUGCCUACACUAGUCUGUGAUCCUGUGGUAAUCACCGGCAGCAGGUGAAAAAUCUCUUCCCAACCAGUUGGAGAGUGGUAGCAGAAAGUUGCUUACUGUCACCAGGUGAAACUGGUCAUCUAAGGGUUUACGACGCUGCAGCGAAAACCUCCUCGGGAUUACUUUGGUGGAUGUUAGCACUCUGUAACCACUUGCUAACUAUUUGCUAAGCUGUAGUGUAACUGUGAAGAGUGUCACACAAACCUUUUUAGCGCAGUCCCUUCUUUGCAAAUAAUUUCACCCGGUGACAGCCCGCAACGUCCUGCAAUUCUUAAAUUAAUUUUAAUACAUAAAUGAUAAACUAAUCCUUGCUCUGACAAACUCUCUUGAAUAUUAUUCUAAGUAAAACCACUAAUUAGCUAGCUAGCUGAUGAUGUUGUAAUCUUGCUGUUCCGAGGUUUACUCAUGAUAAUAUUUUUAUUUGCUGGUCAUACUUGAGUUAUCAGCAAUUUGGUGUUGGGCUAAUUUGAUAGAUGUAGGUGAUUAAAAAAUACUAUAGUCAAUUUGAGCUAAUGUCAAUUUUACAACUAAUGUUGGGCCCAAAGAUUAGCUUACUAGCUUAGAGCUAACUUCACUCUGUCUACUGCCCAUUUGGUGUUGACACCAUAUUUUAAUAGUUUUGCUAAAAGCUGAUACAAUGAAAGAUUUUCUUUGACAAGGUACAUAAAUAAUUGGUGUGGAAAAGUCAUUGAAUUCCUUGCUAUACAUGGGCCUUGCUCUUGACUCAGAAGGUAAUCAGUACAGUUAAUACUUUGGCCACAAAUACCAAUAACAAAUACACAGAGAUGUAUGGUUUCAGGUGUACUAUUUUAUUCAAUUCUAUAUAUAUUUACAUUUUUGGGGAUUAUUUAUAUUUGUAUAUAAACAUCUUUUCUUUCACACCCCUCAUUAAUAAUUUACGUACAGUCCCUUAUAACACCUCUGAAAUGUGAAUAACCAGGUUACCGUCUCAGUGAAAAUAUUUCUGAACUUGUUUAAAAGAUAAAGUGUUGCCAAAUCCAUCGUCCAGUUGGAACUGAAAGUGAAUGAACCUGAUUUGUGCUCUCCACAGUUGCUUUAGCUGUAUCAUUUGUUAAGCUAGAGUCAAUAAAAAUAAGAAAAAAACAUUCGCAUCCUGAUGUCAGCAUCUAUCAAACCUCCAGCUAAGGUUAAUCGUGCAAUGUAUACAUCUGCCAUAUGUAAAAGUGUCAAUGUUGUAAUGAUAAUAUAGCUUUUGAUGGAGAACAAAGCUCACUAUACAAAAAAGAAGUGUAAAGAAACACAUGACGAUAAAUCAUAAAACAGAGACCAAAAAAAGAAGAAGAAAGAUAUAUAUAUACAACUGUUCAUACCUCAUUGUACUGCUGUGUGCCAGAGGAAGGGACUGGGAGCGAUCAUUUUGAUCAUGGAAAAAUAAGGAACAGGAGCAAGGAAGAGACACUUGAAAGGUUUUUUUUCUUUCGCUUGCUCUCUUUUGGCCUCUUCACAUGCCAGAAAUAAUAAGCUGAACUGGAUAAAAAAGUAGCAGUGUAUAUGGUUAAUGUGAUAAAAUGCUUACAGUUUCUAUUCAGGUUAUAAGAUAUGUCACUGUGACAGUGUUGUUUUUCAGGAAAAAAAAAAAAAAGCAGACUUAUUUUCUUGUGUCUGGUGAAAUAUGAAGCCAAACUUUGAGGUAUUAGUCAUCAGCUGGCAUCAUGGCACACAGAGAGGGAGGACUUCAUCACUACAGGAGCGUACCUGAGGGGUAUACCAAGUCGAAGUCAAAUAAAAUUAUUAAUGCAAGUGUGAAUUAGAGUCCAGUAGUCUUAGGAAUUGCAAAAAAGUGCAAAAAUGCAAUUAAACAUUUGCAUUUAGUGUAUAUAAUACAGGCCAGCAAGUUGUGCCUUGAAUAAGAACAGUUUAGGACCCAGCGUCCCAAACUGCUAUUCCCAUGAUUAGACUUGUCUCCUUUUUUAUUUCUUUGCUGCUCCCUGCAGGAGAAUCCAUCCCGGCUCUAAUUAUUCUAUCCGAGACACAUCAUGGGACGAUGAUGUGUUUGUUGGGAGAGCACAGUGUUGAAUUUAACGCUGAGUGAGAUACGAGCUGGAGCUCCCCAGACGACAGUUUGAUAUUGUAUUCAGUCUUGCUGGUCGUGGGUUUGUGACAGGCAUGUUUGCUGUUUGUUUUGCUUUUCUGUGACAAAUCAUUUAUGGCACAAUCAGACAAUGACAUCUCAGUGGCUCGCAGCUGUUUGUGUUUGUGGCUCUGUGGCAUUCGUUUACAGCGUUAUAAAAUGAUUUGAGAACAGUCUGCCUACUUUGUCUCUGUCCAAGUGAUCAGGAGUUAUAUCGUCUCGGUUUCAGAUGCACGCAUGAGCACAAGUUAAUAGACAAAUAAACACUAAACUAGCUAAAUAUACAAGUACAGUGUUCGAUACGCUGCAAAAGUCUUAAAGCAUUCCUCAUUUUUUUAUAGUUUGCUUCCAAAAAGGGGGCAGCAACUGUGAUUUCUUUAAUUAGAAUAGCUGACAAUACUGUUUUUAACUAUAUGCAGAAUUUGUUUUAAUGUCACGUUAAGUUCAACUGAACCUAAAAGAUGUCAUUAUGUGUGCUGCAGUAAAAAGAAAGAGCAAACUCAUUUGCCUCAGAAUACACUUCAAUACACACAAACAAUGUGACCUGGUCAUUUACAAUGAUGCUGCUUAAGCUUCUUAAUCUGCUUAUUUUCAUCUUUUAGGAUGAAGAGAACGCCAAAACACACUUUAUUGUACUAUGUAUAACAGUAAAGAUCAUACUCAGACAUGUUUCCACAUGUGUAAGUAUUCAGAUCAUUUGCAGAGGCAUUCCAAACUGUGGUCAGGUUAAAUCACUCAUACAGUGUUAUGCUUUUUGGAUUUUCCUUCUUGUGUUUUUUUCCUCUCCUGCAUGUGGUUUACAAAGGCCUAGUGUCCUUGCCACAGAAAAUACUGCAGCACAAUCUUUUCUUCCAGUCCCAAUGUGUACAUUACUAUGUGACACAGCAACUCGACGCCCAUGUAGUGAUUUGCUUGACCGGCUCUCAGCAAACACACCUCUAUUACUCCCACACUAAACACAGAUACACCCCACGGGGCUGUGUGCUGAGUCCAGUGCUCUACACAAUAUUUAUCUACGACUUCACACCAUCUGCUCCCCAAACUCCAAAAUCAAGUUUGCAGAUGAUCACCCACAAUUUUAAUGAGGAUGGAAAGGGCCUGCAGGCUGGAAGUGGACCAUCCGACUGAUGGUCAGCAGUGUAGAUACAAUGAUCCUCAGCACCUCCGCUUGAGGUCCACGGUUAGGAAAUCACAUCUCCCACUUGCACCUGCCAGCUGGUCAGGUUUGCACGACAGAGGCUCUUCUUCCUAAGAAAACUGAAAUAGGCCAAACUUCCACAUCUGGAAUCCAUCUGUGCCAUCAGGAUAAGGAAGGCUGCAGACAGGAUCAAUAGUUUGAGUCACCACCAUCUGGCAAACUGUUCAUGACAAUAAAAACAAGAAUCAACAGACUCAGACAUGUUUUGCCCUAUAGGGUCGGCUUCCAUCCCCCCAGUUUCAGCCACACUACACAACUGACUGUAAACACAGAAAUCCUCAGAAUACACUUCAAAACACACACAAACAAUAUGACCUGGUCAUUUACAAUGAUGCUGCUUAAGCUUCUUAAUCUGCUUAUUGUCAUCUUUUAGGAUGAAGAGAACGCCAAACCGAAUGUUAUUGUACUAUGUAUAACAGUAAAGAUCAUUAAUUCAUUCACUCGAGCAAAGAUUCCCUUACAGUCAGCCGUUGUGUUUCCAAUCAGCUCUCUAGCCCGUAACCCUAAAAUGUCUUGGCUGUAAGCAAAGCACACCAAAUGCUGCAUUUUAUGCUGCAAGAACAAACACAAGUCUUCAAAGCACUCCUAGCAUCUGAGUAACUGAAGACCCAGUGAUUUUUUAAUCUCUUUAUGUUUACUGUCCUCACAGUGGCAGCUGACGUGGUUAACAUUCCCAUCUGCUUGCCCCUCUCCUGUGUUCACGCUUACUCUUUUUAAAAACAGGCUGUGCUUUCUUACAUAUCUUCCAUUUUUGCUGUCAGACAGCAGUAGACACAUGAUGUGGUGACCCAAAUGCUGCACAUUCAGACUCAGUUCUGUAACCUGUAAACCAGCCGACACUUUGAAGCCAUUUUUUAAGCUUCUUUUAAAACCCUGAUGUCAUAGCAUAGUCUGACCAUUGAUGUAAUAUGAAGAUAACAGCCAUGCUUUCAGCUCUAUUGUUUAGUGUGACUGAAGCUUAUUUUAUUUUAGUGGUCAGCAGCUCUUUAGGGCUGUGCCUUAUAUACACAGAACCUUUGCUUUGAUCGUGCCAGCUGACCGAUUAAAAGGAGACGUUUCCAGAGGAGCAGCAAAGAGACGGGAGCUGAAAUGCAGCAGUAGUAAAUGAAGAAAAAUAUGUCUUUUGAACGUUAAAGCAUGUAAAGCCCAUACACUCCAAGCUUUAAGGUUAGUGUGAAAAAUAGGGGGGGUGAUAUAACCUAACUCUGUAAAAUUGGCCACUUGGCAAAAUCGAGUAGGAAAGCCAACGAGAGCAUCCUGUGAACACAUGAUAAACAGGCUUUUCUACUCGGUUUAAGUACUCCAUUAUUUCUACUACACUACCAACAUCCACCGACCUUCCAUUGGUAGCCAACUCCCUCUACCACCUGAGCCACACCCACCCCAAAUAAUAUGGAGAUCGUCGUUACCCUCAAGUUACACCCUGUGGAUAUAAAGCUUCAUGGCAGAACAAUCAAGAUUUCAUAGGAAAGACAACCACCUAGGCUUUUCUAGUGGAGCAGCAAGACAGAAGCAGCUCUGAAUAAAAGGCACAUGACAGCACAUUCAGUGUUUGCCAGACUUAUCAGAGCCUCCUCAGAGCAUCACAUACAAACAUCAGUCUAUUUAGACCGUUUCCUGAUCAUCCGUCAUCACUGUGAACACGCUCAGCUCUCGGCAUAAUCCCGUUUCAGCUUUGAACCCAUCUGUCACUCCUACCAUACACUCACUAAAGACUCCUGACUUCCUCUUGAUCACUGCUCACUAUUGCUUCACAAUAGCAAAUAAAUAAAACACACGAUGAUUAAACUCCACUGGCUAGAAGAAAACAACCAAAUUAGGCACAUGUAUAAAAAUAGCAAUAGCACAUAUAAAAAGUGUCCAAGGUGUUUACACAUUCCCUGAAAGAUCCCUGGUUUGAUCCCAGGAGGGUGUUCUGUUGGGAAGGUUGGAGCUAUCUGCUGUGGUGACUCUUUGGGAGUAAGGCAGCCUAGACGUAGCUACUUCCUCCCCAAAGUGUUCCUCCUGUGGCUGCACGUUACCCCCAUUCUUGAAGAUCAGAUCCAUAAAGUUGCAAACCUGUUGUACUGAAAAAUGAAGGCAACACAAAAAAGGAGAACAACAAACAAACUGCAGUUCUUCAAAUGUCUGCUUGAGGCCAGCGCUAAAAGCGAGCCAAACUCCAUAAACCUUCAUUAAAACUUCAGAGAGGAAAUGAACAUGUUUACAGCUUGGUAUGAAAAUGGUUAGGGUUACGAUUUCUUUCUCUAAAUCAGUGGUUCCCAAACUUUUUUGGCUAGG